UCCCCACUGCCCUAACAGCCCCGAUUCUCUGUGUUUUGCUCCCGUCUCCGACGAGAGAGGCGGCGACGGUGGCGUCUGCGACGGGAGACAGCGCGUCGGAGCGAGAGAGCGCCGCGCCUGCCGCCGCCCCAACAGCGGAGGCGCAGCCGCCAUCGGUCGUCACUAGACCGGAGCCGCAGGCCCUCCCGAGCUCGGCCAUCCGUGCCCCGCUCCCAGAUCUUUAUCCGUUUGGGACCAUGCGCGGAGGCGGCUUUGGGGAUCGGGAUCGGGACCGGGACCGCGGAGGGUUUGGAGCAAGAGGUGGUAGUGGACUUCCCCCGAAGAAGUUUGGUAAUCCUGGGGAGCGGUUGCGUAAAAAGAAGUGGGAUUUGAGUGAACUCCCCAAGUUUGAGAAGAAUUUUUAUGUGGAACAUCCAGAAGUAGCAAGACUGACUCCGUAUGAAGUUGAUGAGCUCCGUCGAAAGAAAGAGAUUACAGUGAGAGGGGGAGAUGUUUGUCCAAAACCUGUCUUUGCCUUCCAUCAUGCUAACUUUCCACAGUAUGUAAUGGAUGUGCUGAUGGAUCAGCACUUUACAGAACCAACUCCCAUUCAGUGCCAGGGAUUUCCUUUGGCUCUUAGUGGCCGGGAUAUGGUUGGCAUUGCACAGACUGGCUCUGGGAAGACAUUGGCGUAUUUGCUGCCUGCAAUUGUUCAUAUAAACCACCAGCCAUACUUGGAAAGAGGAGAUGGCCCAAUUUGUCUAGUGCUGGCUCCUACCAGAGAGCUUGCUCAGCAGGUACAGCAGGUGGCUGAUGAUUAUGGAAAGUGUUCUAGGUUGAAGAGUACAUGCAUUUAUGGAGGUGCUCCUAAAGGCCCCCAGAUUCGAGACUUGGAAAGAGGUGUUGAGAUUUGCAUAGCCACUCCUGGGCGCCUAAUAGAUUUCCUGGAGUCGGGAAAGACAAACCUUCGCCGGUGUACUUACCUUGUAUUGGAUGAGGCUGACCGAAUGCUUGAUAUGGGCUUUGAGCCCCAGAUCCGUAAAAUUGUUGACCAAAUCAGGCCUGACCGGCAGACACUGAUGUGGAGUGCAACCUGGCCAAAGGAAGUAAGGCAACUUGCAGAGGAUUUCCUGCGUGAUUACACCCAGAUCAAUGUGGGCAAUCUGGAGUUGAGUGCCAACCACAACAUCCUGCAGAUUGUGGAUGUCUGUAUGGAAAGUGAAAAAGAUCAUAAGUUGAUCCAGCUGAUGGAGGAAAUCAUGGCAGAAAAGGAAAAUAAGACUAUAAUAUUUGUGGAGACAAAGAGGCGCUGUGAUGACCUCACUCGAAGGAUGCGCAGAGAUGGUUGGCCAGCUAUGUGUAUCCAUGGAGACAAGAGUCAACCAGAAAGAGAUUGGGUACUUAAUGAGUUCCGGUCUGGAAAGGCUCCUAUCCUCAUCGCCACGGAUGUAGCCUCCCGUGGGCUAGAUGUGGAAGAUGUCAAGUUUGUGAUCAACUAUGAUUAUCCAAACAGCUCAGAGGAUUAUGUUCACCGUAUUGGCCGAACAGCCCGGAGCACCAACAAGGGCACUGCUUAUACCUUCUUUACCCCAGGGAACCUAAAGCAGGCUAGAGAGCUGAUCAAAGUAUUGGAAGAGGCCAAUCAGGCCAUUAAUCCAAAAUUGAUGCAGCUUGUGGACCACAGAGGAGGCGGAGGAGGAGGGGGUAAGGGAGGUCGCUCUCGAUACCGGACUACUUCUUCAGCCAACAAUCCCAAUCUGAUGUAUCAGGAUGAGUGUGACCGGAGGCUUCGAGGGGUCAAGGAUGGUGGUCGGAGAGAUUCUACAAGCUACAGGGAUCGUAGUGAAACCGAUAGAGCAAGUUAUGCUAAUGGCAGUGGCUAUGGAAGCCCAAAUUCUGCCUUUGGGGCACAAGCAGGCCAAUACACUUAUGCUCAAGGCACCUAUGGGGCAGCUGCUUAUGGCACCAGUGGCUACACAGCCCAGGAGUACGCUGCUGGUACCUACGGGGCUAGCAGCACCACCUCAGCCGGGAGGAGCUCCCAGAGCUCCAGCCAGCAGUUUAGCGGGAUAGGUCGAUCUGGGCAGCAGCCACAGCCGCUGAUGUCACAGCAGUUUGCACAGCCUCCAGGAGCUACCAAUAUGAUAGGCUACAUGGGGCAGACUGCUUACCAGUACCCUCCUCCCCCUCCUCCUCCUCCUCCAUCCCGUAAAUGAAACUGCUUGGUGGGAGUGACUCCUGCAGAUUAAUUACAUCUAGAGGAACACUCUUCUCUUUUACCCUUCUAAACCUUUUCAUUUUUUUUUCUUUUCCCAACCAUUAUGGUUUAUCUUUUUUUAAUGCAGAUUAGUUAAAAAUUCACUGCCAGGUUUCUUCUGCCCGCCCAAAAGAUCCAGUCUGUAAUAACAGAUUUUGUAAGGAAAAAAAUAUAUAUAUAUCUAUAUCUAUAUGUAGCUGACUGGAAAAGAUUAAUUUCUUCCCCCAUUCUAACGCAUGUUGAGGAUAUUGAGCUAUUUUUCAUCUUAAAGGUAUUAGGCGCUUUUGUUGAGCCUGUUUAUCAUUGGGAGGGAGGGUAGGGAAAGAUGAAUUGUUCGCAGGAGAUGGCGUCUAAUCUUUAGACUGGGAGGAGCCAAGAGGGAUUUCCAUGCACACUGUCCAUGGUAGGUUUUAGGUUACUGAAGUUAGAUAACUCAGGCUUGAUAAGUUUUAAAGACUGCUUUGUCAGUUAAUUUGGCUGAUGGCUCAUUAUGUGCAUUCAACAGAAAAUUCCUAAUUGGUUUUCUUGUCAUUGUCCCCCACCCCCCUUUUUUCCUCCAGUUAAUAAAAAUUAGUGUUAGGUUGAGUUAGAAAUUACAUUUCUGAGUUCACAUGUUUUGUUUUGGUUUUUUUUUGUUUUUUUUUUUAAGUUUAAAAGAGUAUACAUAUGGCAUUGUUUUUGCUGGGUAGACUAGCACCUGGUUUUCUUACUGAAUAUAAUAACCAGGACCAUCUAAAAGUUGUUCUAGCCAGAUAGCCACUAUGAGCUAGUGGUAAACAUCAGUACUUAGCAGAAACUUCCCAGGCAGUUGAAUCUACAAUGCAUCUUUAGAAAUGACGGACUGCAUACGAGCAGAUCUUCCUCUUAAACACAGUAUUCUUAGAGCUAGAGUAAGAAUGAUUUCGUGGGCUGCUCUGCCCGCUUGGCCAGGCUCUCCUGAGCAGGACCGCUGAAGAGCUAGUCUCCUCACAGCCUGUUCUGUGCGGUGCUUUGUAGCAGCUGGAGGCGCUCAUCCUGGGCAUCCCUUCGCCAUCAGCUUUUCACAGGUAGGUAGUGCUCACGGAGCACUAAAGCCCAGGUCCACCCUACUCUUGAGUGUGAAAGUGGGUGAGCUUGUCUCAUCCCUUUAUUAAACGCUUUUCCCCCCUGAAACUUGUAAGAACAACAGUUGAAGCAGGAAAGAAUAUUCUGCUCUUCUGUCUCCCUGUCAGUAUAGGGCAAUAGAUGGCUACAGUUCCUACAUUAGAUCACAAUGGUGGGACCUUCUGUGUUGCUGUUUCCUGUGCUGUUCGUUCACAGAACAGUUAAAGGAGGAGGCUCCACUGCAUUCCUUGGCUGUGCCCUGAGGGUGCUUGCUGCUUUAUAAAACGUAACAGUCAAUAUACUUGACGUUUUUCUUCCGGAAGAGAAAAGGGAUGGUUUUGAGGGACUGAAAGUAGGAUUCAGUGUGCAACAGAACAGGUAGGUUGUCGGCAUAUGCUGGAUUAUCCGCAUGUGAAUGCUUGGCAUCCUUUUGUUCACUGUUUUACAGACUGAAGCCAAGGGAGAGAGAUGGGCACAGAUGUGUGGCAGCUGUGCUCGUUGCUUUGAAACCAAAGUAUGUGUCCUGUCUGUUUCUAAGCCUGCCAAAAGGAAGUGUCUUAUCCCUGACACUGACCAGCCUGUUAGAGAUACUUCUUUCUACAACCAAAUUUAUUUUUAUUUUUGAUUAAGCAUUAUACCAUGGGCUGUCCUGUGCUAGUGCAGCUCUUUUAAAACAUCCCUUCUAUUACCGCCUCUGGGGAUGAAGCAGCAGCUAGGUUGCUUACCUCCCCUCUUCAUCAGAGGCAUAAUCCAGAUAAAAGCAGAUUCCAAAUUUCAGCAGCUCUUUUGGCCUGGGUACAGCAGAAAACUAGCAGUUUUCCUACUUGGCGCAAAUGACUUGUGUCUCCUUGUCUGUCCUUUGAGUUCUGCUCUGAGAACAGAUGUGGGCAAACCUUUUGAGCUGGGUUAAUUGCCUUCGUGAUUAACUCAUUUAGGAAAAGGGCUUCAGUAUUAGGCUGUGGGCUGUUUCUCCCGACCUCCCUAACAGUUCAUUGUGCAGACUUGUCAUCUAAAAGGUUGGUGGCUUUUGCUUGGAUCAGUGCCCUGCUAAUGCCCAUGCUGGUCGCUCAACACAUUCCUGUCAUUAAGACUUGAAUUGUAGGUAUGAUGUUAAGGCACAGGAUGCUAAGAGCUAUGUUACUACUAUUAGUUUGUAAACUGUCCUUUUGAUACCAUCUUGUUUUCUUUUGUAGGUAUAAAUAAACACUUGACAAUAAA